CAACAGUAAACCGGAACAGAGUUGCCAAGCAACCGACAGGUUGGCAGUCAGUCUGUGUCCUUCAGCCCCCCACACCGGAGCCACGCGCCCACGCCGGAGCCAGUGAGCAGCGGGACGGGCAACUUUCUCUCAGUGGAUACGAGCAAAGCCAGCGGGCUCCAUGGGUAACAGCUACCGGACUACAAGGCUAACACGAGCCGUUCGUAAUGCGUUAACAAAGGCCAGGAGAAUUGACCACAAGGCGAGCAGGUCAUGUCAGAAAGUUCUUCAGGUGUGAACACUCUCAGCGGCAGUUUCCCUAAAUCCCACUCAUCCCAGUUCUCAGACCUCAGAGUUACACGCACACCUCUCUCAGUGGACCACAGUCCCGACUCUGGACUGGUGUCUACACCUCUUCCAUCCAGCCGCUGCCGCUUUGUGUCGUGGUAUCGCCUGGACCAAUGCGAUGUCACCGGUGACCAGCUGAGCUGCCCACGGGUCAGAGAAGGUCCAUCAGAAGACGAGCUUUGUCUAAUCAAGGGAGGGGACAUCUGUUUGGAGAGAGGGAGCAGGAGGAGGAGAAGAGAGGAGGAGGGACAAAGAUGGGAGGAGAGACAGCAGGAGAACUGGGAAAACUGCUUUGAAUUAAAUUUGUCCUACCAAGAUUUGGGUAAUUCCUACCAACAGGAGAAUUUCUUCCGGAUCGUCCGGCGGUUGAUCCGUGUGGAGAACCUACAGCUGGUCGACAACUCUCUCUCCGACCUGAGUUCUGUACGUCUGCCAAGGUGUAGAAGGCUCAACCUGCACCGUAACCACCUGGUGAGUCUGUGUCAGCUGCCAAAGCUCCCAGCAGUGGAGCACCUCUGUCUGUCAGAGAAUGCCAUCAGCUCCCUCAGGGGACUGGGAGCGCUAAGGAACAGCCCGCUGCGUUUCCUCAACCUGACCCACAACCCUGUGACCUUCACUCAGGACUACCGGGCUCGUGUUUUCUCCUGUUUGCCAAAUCUUGAGAUCUUGGACGAAAUCCCCAAGCUGCCAGAGGACUCGCUGCCUUUCAGAUCAAACGGCCCAGGACGCGCCAGGAUGUGUCACAUUUUAUGACACAUACAGACCCGUUUUCGUUUUUGUUAUCCCCUUCAGGAAAGUGCUGCACGCUUGGAAACAAGACAGAAGUUUCUUCUGUGAAAAAAGCCUGCUUGGUAUUUCUAAAAGUUAUUUUGAUAAUA